AUUGAAGUGCGAAAAAUAUCACCCGUCGACAAAAUGUAGGGGGCAACCAAGGAUAUAAAUACGUUGGGGAAAAAAAUUACCGGGUAGACAAUAUUAUACAAUGACGCAUUUACUCUUCUCUUGAGUCUGCCCUAUAUAUUUCAUUUUGCUUCGCAUGGAAGACGCAGUGUGCGUAAGUUGUAGUAGUCUGCUACAAAAGGAUGAUACACCCAUACAAGCGUUAUGCAGCAAAUGGCACCGCAAUUGCUUCAAGUGUUCAGAGUGUAAACGGCAACUUUCAUCUACGUAUUAUGCCCGUGGAAAGACGCUUUACUGCAAAAAGGACUACACGGAAAAAUUCCGAUCUAAGUGUCACGUCUGCGAGCAAAAAAUUAGUGGACUUGUUGUGGUUGUAGCUGAUCAUAAAUUCCACACUGAAUGUUUUUCAUGUGGAAACUGUCAACAAUUUUUGGGAGAAGAAGAUGAUUACGUCCUUCUUGAACAACAUAGACUGACAUGCUGUACAUGUUUCACGAAAGGAAAAGAAGAGUCUUGGUGGAAUCCUUCUUUACAUGCUGUUCAUCACUUAAAUCUGACUCCUGGAGCUUUGAGCAAUCAUAAAAUUGAAGUAGAAAUUGUGAAGAGGGAAAGAAAGAGGUCUAUAAAAUCUAGAAGUUUGGAGAAAGAACCUGAGACGUCUCUUGUUAUCAAAGGGUUUAAAACAACCAAAAAGUCACAGAGCUGUGAUACAUUAAAUGUCAUGGUUGGAGAUGUGGUACUGGAGGUCAACAAAGUUUUUGUGUCUCCUUCUACUAUUGAUAAGGUUGCUUCUCUCCUGACGUCCCAGUCAAAUGAGAUCACUGAAAUUACCCUUGAACGAAAUGCAAGUGGACUUGACCUGAAACCCAAACAGUGCAGACUACUCAGUGUUGAUUCUGAUGGUGAAUCUGGGGCAACUGCUGAAGAUAAAAGCUUUCGUAACAGGUCAAUAUCUCUAUUCUCCAGAAGGGAACUACGGCGUUGUCAAAUGUCAGCAUCCUCAGAAAACCCCCCACUCAUUAAUGGGGAGGGAGAUUCUUUGAAAGAUGCCAGUGGAAAGAAGAUAACAAAGCCUGCUAUGCGAUCAAAUUCACUUCCAAGAAGUAAUUCAUUGUCUGACAAUUUCAAGUUACGAUCGGCAAUUCACAGAGCUCAGUCAUUCAAGUCAGAGACUGCUGCCAACAGGGUCUUCAGGCCCUGUGAUUUGGUCCUUGGAGAUGUGAUUGGAAAAGGCUUUUUUGGACAAGUGAGGAAGGUGACACAGAGACAGAGUGGAGAGGUAAUGGUGAUGAAGGAGCUUCUAAAUUAUGAUGAAACAGCUAAAGUGAGCUUCUUGAAGGAGGUUGCAUUGCUAAAGAGUUUGAAUCAUCCUAAUGUACUGAGGUUCAUAGGCAUUUUGUACAGAGACCAGACCUUGAACUUGAUUACUGAGUAUAUUGGUGGUGGUACAGUGCGCCAAGUUCUAAAGGAUAAGGGUAAACAAUUGCCGUGGUUGCAGAGGAUUAGAUUUGCCAAAGAUAUAGCAGCUGGAAUGGCUUACCUCCAUUCAAUGAACGUCAUGCACAGAGAUUUAACCUCAAAGAAUUGCCUGGUUGAAACGGACGAGGAGUCAGGCGAUAUGUCAGUGGUUGUGGCCGACUUUGGCUUGGCUCGUGUGGUCAGAGACAAACCCUUAUCGCCUCUUGAUCAGAUAUCAUCGACCAUACCUCCCUCUUCAGGACGAAAAACACGAAGCCCUACCGGCAACAAGCCGCCUCCUCCAAAGAAAAGGUACACUGUGGUGGGUUCCCCGUACUGGAUGGCGCCAGAAAUGAUGUUGGGAAUGACGUACAAUGAAAAGGUCGACGUUUUCUCAUUUGGGGUUUUAACAUGCGAGAUAAUUGGCCGAGUAAAGGCUGAUCCAGACUUCCUCCCUCGAUUAUCAAAUUUUGGAAUUGAUGAGGAGAAAUUCCGUAAAGAGUUUUGUGAGGGAUGUCCCGAGUUAUUUUACAAAAUAGCUUUCCUUUGCUGUGAUCUGGACUCAGAUAAGAGACCCGAGUUUUGUGACCUGGAGAAGUGGUUGGAAGCCUUACUCCUUCAUUUAGACGUUGGUUUGCCUUUGCCAUCUGACAUGAGGUUCACUCUUCUACCUGCCACCCUCAUGAGAAAAAUCAGUGAAAGUAAUGAAGGAAGCGGGCAGACAUGAACGAGAUCCUUCUAUCAUAGCCAAAGCCUUUUGGAAAAGAUAGAUUGCACAAAACGACAGUUGUUCGCCUCUGUCGUUGCUUGUCCUUGGGCAAUUUCCAGAGCACUGUAGCAGCUUGGAUUCCUUCCCUCCCAGCAACUUUAUCAUGUACCAAGUUUGGAGGAUUUGAUCGCUUCCUGUGGCAAGCUGAACCGUCCUGUGAAUAUAUCUUGGUGGAUUCCACCCGUGUCAACUCUGUCAGCGGUCAGGCGUCAGUCUGUUCACCCUCACCCUCUCCCUCUUGGGUGACAUGUACGAAUGUGACGUUCGCACCAGCUUUUCCCCUUUUAAAGGAAAAGUUGUCAGGUCGUUCACAAUGAAGAAAACGAAACAAUGCGCGCAACUGCAGUCGUACCGCGUAUAAUUUUUCUCAGUUUUAAUGACUCUACUCACUUCCUUAAAGCUGCGAACCUCCUGGCCUGUACAGGAAUUACAAGGCUUUAUGAGAAAUGGAUAAUUCUUGUUACUUGGUCGGCUGGUAAAAAAAAAAACAACAAAAACAUUAGAAAAUCGACAGAAGAAAACGAGUUUCGACUCAACCUGAGAUAAACAGUUCUCGAAGUGGUUAACGUGGCUCUGGGAACCAGCUGGGUAAUUUGGGAAUUUAGUACUCGAACAAAGCACAUUGUCUUACACCGCUGAAUUGUAAAUAGAUUUAUUUUUUCAUUCCUCUUUUUACUCAAGCACGCGCUGACUAUCAACAGUUGUAAUAAAGCGUCCAGUUACUGACGUGCGAAAACCAAUCGUCGGAGAAUCUUUAGAGUUUUUUUUUGUUAUUUAUACUCUCCACUUGUCACAAUGACCGGUCGUGUGUUACCAAAUUGGAAUAAAAUCAGGAUUUUAUAACA